AUGGAACAACAUACAUUUCGCCGUCGAGGGCUUGGUCUACGUGGUAUUGACCAGCAACAAGUGUCCCAGGGUUACGUCCUUUAUUCUCCUCUCACGUCGAACACCGCCCAUCUCAUUUCCACCUCCGGCGAUGAAGUACACCGUUGGAAUCUUCCUCAUCGCACUGGUCGACACUCCCGUCUUUUGCGUGACGGAUCUCUGGCCUACAAUGGUGUCCACCCGAACGCCCCAAAGCUAUUUCCAAUGUGGGCAAAAUAUCGCGGCGGCGUCAUGAUGCAGCUUGACUCUGAAGGACAAGUACUUCGACAAUAUUCCGAUCCGUACGCUCACCAUGACCAGAAUCACCUCGACGACGGCACCGUUCUCUAUACAACCGUUGAUCCGCUCAGCUCCGAUGAGGCAGCUCGUGUGCGCGGCGGGAUCCCUGGCAGCGAAGCACCUGGCGAUGUGAUAUUCGGUGACUGCAUCAAGAUAGUGGAUCCAUGGUCUGUUUCUCACACUUCUUCCUCGGCUGACUUCGAUGGUAGCGGCGGCACUGGCGGGGCCAAGCUCCUCUGGUCCUGGCGCGCAAUUGACCAUCUCGACCCGGAGGCUUUCGCCGCUCAUUCACACUAUCCCAGGGAACACUGGCCACUCAUCAAUAGCGUCAGCUUUAGCUCGGAUGGAAACAUCAUUGCCUCUUCACGCAAUGCCUCGGCGGUAUUCAUCAUCAGCCGUCAAACAGGGGAGGUUUUAUGGCAUCUCACCGCGCCGACUGUGUCACAGCAACAUUGUGCAAAUCAGAUCAACGCGGCCGGUGAUAUUUUAAUUCUUGACAACGGCGUUUUCAGACCCAAUAUCUCGGUCCCCUUUUCCAGAGCCAUUGUCGUGUCUCGUGACAAGCAGGUCAAGUGGGAAUACAAGGAUACGUCGACGGCUGGGCUAGGUUUCUUUACACCGUUUAUGGGAUCGGCGCAGAAAUUGGACAAUGGGAGUGUUUUAAUUUGUGAAGCUGCGACCGGCCGAAUUUUGGAGGUCACGAGGGAGGGAAAUGUGGUCUGGGAGUUUGUUGUGCCACAAUUGCAGGACUAUAAGGGGGUGAUGGACAAAGAGGAAUUGGAAGAGAUCGAAAGAAUUGGCUUUCCAAAUCAGAGCAAUGCGAUUUUCCGCGCUUAUAAAUAUCGACCAGAAGAAAUACCGUGGCUGAAGUAG